AUGGUAACAACACUGCCAAGCGCAAAGAUCACCCUCUCGUGUCCGCUGUGGGCCUGCGACUUCGAUCCGCAUGAUGCGAACCAGCUGGUCGUGGGCGGCGGCGGAGGAGCGGGAAGACAUGGCGUUGGCAACAAAAUCGCUCUGCUUAAACUUGCGACCGAUAGCGAGAUUGAGAAUGCUGGGGAGCUCGAGCUGAGCGGCCAAGAGGACAACGUCGCAACCCUAGCCUUUGCUGCACGCAAGGACAACAAGACUGCCAACGUGUUCGCCGGCGUCAACGGAUCCCCAGAAAACUGCAAGAAGGGGCAAAGUCAACACUUUCGCAUCUUCACCCUAACUCGUCCUGCUGCUACUGCUGCAGCUACCAAUAAUUCCACCAAGAGUAGCGGUGUGAAAUUUUCCGAGGCCACCCGCGAGACCCUUUUUGCAUCCACCGAUGCGGAUACCUUCCAGCGCCGCCUCGUCCUCUCCCAACCUUUCCUCCAACAGAAUGCCUCCGCACAACUUGGUGCCAUCUCGACCGGCUUCGCCAGCAAGCAUCAGAUCGCCCUCUUCGAUGUCCCUGCCUCUGGUCCCGCCAGGUGGAAACCGAGGGGCCGCCUCGAGCUCUCCAAAGAAGCAAUGGACCUCGACGUGAUACAGACGGGGCCCGACACCUAUCAGCUCGCAUACUGCGAUGACCACGACAUCUUUACCGUCAAUGUAUCAAAGACGGAGGUCUCCGAGCCCAGGUGCAUCUACACCUUGGAGGUCGAGGAUGGACCCCGACCCGCCUACAAGUCGAUACGCUACCUCUCCUCGGGCUUCGUCUUUGCUGUCGCCAAUCGGGCAGGUGGCAAGGGAGUGCUCCUCCACGGAUAUCGUCUACCCCAGACCGAGGAGGGGCCGGCACGUCUAUCUGUUGUGAAGCAGCUGCCCAAGUCGAUUGGCCGAUCGACCGGCCUGGCUGUCCGGAAUCUGACCCCACCAACCUCCGCUGCCGAGAGGCAAGGCGACUCGCAGUAUGUCGUUGCCGUCUCUGGUCAGGAUAGCUCCAUAUCUCUCUACACCAUGGAUUACAGCUCCAGUUUCGGCGCCGGUACCGAAACUCUGAACAACCUGGCACCCUUUCACACCAUCAAGUCGGCACACCCAGCGGCCAUCACUAGUCUGUCGUUCUCGACUUUUAUUCCGCCAAAGGGCGAUGCUACCAACAUGUCCCUUAAGCUUGCAAGUGUAUCUUUGGGUCAGACUACAAUUGUACACAGCAUUCCAUUGAAGAAGGCUGCCUCGGCCGGGACGACCUCGAAGUCGCCACGCUAUGUUGUUGCCAUCAAGUCGAGGGGCGAAUCCCAUUUUGGCUUACUAGCUACUCUGUCGGUAAUGGUUCUACUAUUGGCCCUGAUCGGGCAAGUGUUCAUGGAAGCUACGCAUAUCCAGGAAGAAUACUUGGGCACGAACAAAUAUCUGCCUGCUGCAUGGACUCGGGAUUGGCGGGUAGCCCCGAGACAGGGCCCGGUUGUUGGCGCCAAGACCUUUGGAGAUCUCUUGAGAACCGUCAAUCCUGGACAGGAUGAGAGAAUCCUGAUUCGACACGACGACGAGGGGGAACUUGGCCCUGAUGGAUUCCCAGUUCUGAAGGCGCAUAUCCAUGAUGAGGAAGCACAUGGUCCUGCCAAGUCAUGGGAUGAGAUGGAAACCCGCGAACAGUUUAUGUGGAGGCAGCGCCUCAAGAAAACAGGUCAUUGGGUCGAGGAUAUGGGAGAAGCAGUCUUCAAGGGUGUACUAUUUGGCGAAAUUGGUGGUGCAAUUGGUGCCAUGGUCGGCGAGGCUCUAUGA